UUAUGGCUACUAGUGAGAGUGGACCCAUUUUCAUUAAAAGUGUGAAUUGUUUUGGUGAAGUCAAGGACAAGUACUUCAUUGCAGAUCUUAUGGAAGAAGUUAUUGAAGAAGUUGGUCCCAUGAAUGUUGUUCAGGUAAUAACAGACAAUGCUAGCAAUUGCAAGGGUGCUGGUGAACUUAUUGAAAUCAAGUAUCCAUGGAUCUACUGGACCCCAUGUGUUGUCCAUACAUUAAACCUUGCUUUGAAAAAUAUUUGUGCUGCAAGAAAUAUAGAAUCGAAUAUUGAAACAUAUGAUGAAUGUCAUUGGAUUACUCAAGUUCAUGAUGAUGCAGUGCAGGUGAAAAACUUCAUUAUGAAUCAUUCUAUGAGACUAGCAAUGUUCAAUCGAUUUUCUUCUUUGAAAUUAAUUGCAGUGGCUGAUACUCGUUUUGCUUCAGUGGUUGUUAUGCUAAAGAGGUUUAAGCUUCUAAGGCGUUCUCUUGAGGCCAUGGUGAUAAGUGAAGAAUGGGGGGGUUACAAAGAGGAUGAUCAAGGCAAGACAAGUUUUGUAAAAGAAAAAGUAAUGAGUGAUAGCUGGUGGGAUAAAGUGGACUACAUUCUUGCCUUCACUGGACCCAUUUAUGAAAUGAUAAGGGCUUGUGAUACCGAUAAGCCAAGUCUACAUUUGGUAUAUGAGAUGUGGGACUCUAUGCUUGAAAAGGUGAAAAUUGUGAUUUAUACUCAUGAAGGAUUGACAGAUGAUGAUGAUGAUGAUUACUCCGAGUUUUUUGAAGUAGUUCAUCGCAUUAUUGUAGCUCGUUGGACAAAAAGCAACACUCCUCUUAAUUGCUUAGCUCACUCAUUAAAUCCUAGGUAAAUUCUUGCUUAUAUAUUUAGAUCAAUUUACUCAUUUUUUUAAUAUUACAUGAAUAAUGAUUGUUUCUAUAUUUUUUUUAUUCUUUUGAAGGUUUUAUAGUGAGGCAUGGCUUGAAGAAAAUCCAAAUAGAGUACCUCCGCAUAGAGACACAGAAAUAUCUGAAGGAAGAGUAAGUUGUUUUAGAAGACUAUUUCCUGACAAUGCUGAUUUUGCCCGAGCUAUGGAUGAAUAUACCAUGUUCUCAUACAAGUCUGGAGUAUACAGGGGUGGAGAAAACUUAUAUACUAGGGGUACCAUGGAUCCUAUGUCAUGGUGGGUUAACUUUGGUUCAUCUACUAGUUUGCUUCAAGCUUUGGCCUUCAGAUAUCUUGGACAACCUACUUCAUCUUCAUGUUGUGAACGUAAUUGGAGCAUAUAUUCUUUUAUUCACUCACUUAGGAGAAAUAGGUUGAAUCCAAAACGAGCUGAAAAUUCGGUGAAGAUUCACACUAAUCUGCGUCUUCUAUCAAGGAACACAAAUGAAUACACAGCUGGGAAGACAAAAUUAAGGGAUGUAGGUGGUGAUCAAUUUGAUGUCAUGGAUGAUGGGAACGAUGAAAACGCCUUUCUAGAGUUUGCCGACCUUUCUCUUGAUGAACCGGAUCUUGAAUCUGUAUUUUUUCCUUAGUG